UUCAUUAUUUCAAUUUUCAAUUUCAAUCAUAUUUAAUAUUAUUUCGAAUUAGUAUUGUGUAUUAGAGUUUAGGCAUUUUCAAUAGUUUGGAUAAUCGUAUUACCAUUAAUUAAUAUUAUUGUUUUAUAGUAUUACGGAUUUCGUGUUUUCAAAUAAUAUUUUAAUAAAAUGUUCAAUACUCUAAAGUUUUUGUCCCGACUCUCAUCGACCGCCGUUCUGACUGGAUUGCGGUCUUCAAUUUUGAACAAGCCUUGGAUUCGGAGUAUCUCAAUCUGCUAUCAAUGUCGACAGCCGAUUCUAGUAAACAAAUUUCAAUGUGUCAACUCAGGCAGACGUUACAAACGUACAAAGAAAGAAAACGAUCGAGAUUCUGAUGAUGAAUUUGAUUUAGAAAUGGACGAAUCCAGUCAAUUGGUUAAAUUCAGGACCAGUACAAUGAGAAUGGAUACUAUCUUAAAACACGCUCUAGGAAAGUCUAGAAAUAAAAUUGAAAUAGCUUUUUAUGAAAGUCGUAUUCGCGUGAAUGGAGAAAAAGUACAGAAGAAAAGCCACACAAUUGAAGUCGGCGAUGAGGUGGAUUUUGUGAAAGGUCCUAGUCCAAAUAAUCCAGAUUUCCUUUUAGUAUCAAGAGUAGAAGUAUUGUCUGCCAAAUUAGAUGGAGAUGAAUUAGAUGUAAAAUUAAAAAAGUAUAAGAACCUUCUGAUAAACAAUUAUGAAAAUAAGUGGAAACCACAAUCAUAAUUGUUUAGAUUACAUCAGAUUAUAAUACUUUGACUAUAAAUGAUAAUCAUUUUCAAUUAUACUUAGUGUUCUAAGAUG